AAUCUCGACAUCCGCAGCAUGUCGUCUGUCUCGCACCUCGCCACCCGCCUCGCCCGCCCGCUCUCGCGUGGCAUCUUCUCGACGUCGCAUGUUGCCGCCGAGGUCGUCUCGCGCCACCACCCGACGCCCGUGACCAACCCGCAUGUCGCGACGCCGCAGACGGUCUCGGUCAUUGGCGUGCCCAUGACCCAUGGCCAGCCCCUGCUUGGUGCCGACUUUGGCCCGGACAUGCUUCGCAAUGCUGGCCUCCACAAGGUCAUCACGGAGCUCGGUUGGUGCGUCGAAGAGAACGGCAACCUCAACAUCAAGCCGCCGACUGCGAGCGACCCGGUCAUGGACCCCAAGUACGGCCAGGCCAAGCGCAGCUUUGCAGUCGGCAACGGCUUGAAGCAGCUCGCGGAUGUCUACGAAGAGAAGGCCAAGCAGGGCAAGUUUACGCUCGUGCUCGGCGGCGACCACACGAUUGGCGCUGGCUCGCUCGCCGGUCUCCUCCGCGCGCACCCGGACGCCGGCAUCAUCUGGGUCGAUGCGCACGCCGAUAUCAACACGCCCAAGACCUCGGACUCGGGCAACAUGCACGGCAUGCCCAUCUCGUUCUUGAUGCAGAACCUCGUCGACGCGUCCAAGGUCCCGGGCUUUGAGUGGCUCGCGAACGGCCCCGUGCUCAAGCCCGAGCAGCUCGUCUACAUUGCCCUCCGCGAUGUGGACCAAGGCGAGAAGCGCAUCCUCAAGGACCUCGGCAUCAAGGCCUUCUGCAUGCAAUCGGUCGACCGGUAUGGCAUUGGCAAGACGAUGGAGAUGGCGCUGGACCACCUCUGCGGCGAGAAGGAGCGCCCGCUGCACAUGAGCUACGACAUUGACGCGGUGGACCCUGUCGACGCCCCGUCGACCGGCACGCGCGUGCGUGGCGGCCUCACGUGGCGCGAAGCCAACUACGUCGCUGAAGCUGUGGCCGAGACCAACCUCCUUGUGGGCUUGGACAUGGUCGAAGUCAACCCGUCCCUCGCGCCGGGCAAGGGCGCCGACCUCACGGUGGACAUGGCGCUCCUCCUCAUCGGCUCGGCGCUCGGCCGCCGCAUCCUCUAAGCACUUUUUUACUACUAGUCUACUGUCGACUUGUCCAUAGAUUAACCUACAAUACCAACAGCACCUCGUGCAUCUUCUUAUCCAA